AUGUAUAUUCAACCUCAAGAAGGUUUUAAGUUACAAGAAUCGACUAUAACAGCUUUGGCUUAUGCGGAUGAUGUGGUAUUAAUGGGUAGUUAACACGAUAAUUUAAGAUCACUAAUUACGCGUUUAGAGGAAAAUGCAAAGAAAAUGGGAUUAAAAGUAAUGAGGAAAAAACAGAAUAAAUGGUUAUAAGAAGAGAUAGUGCGGCCAAUUUUCCACACCUGAAAGUUGGUAGAUAUGAGUUUAGUAGAGCCAAACAAUUUAAGUAUCAGGGUUCAAUAUGAACAAAAAAAAAAUGAGAUUGACAAAGCAAUAGCAUCAAGAAUCCUAUCAGAAAAUAAAUGCUUCUAUGAACUCACAAAAAUACUAGGAUCACGAUUUCUGUCUAUAAAAAUUAAGAUACAACUAUAUAUAACAUAAAUACACCCCACUUAUGGGGCUGAGGUCUGCCCAUUAAGAAAGACUAAGGAAAGGAAAUUACUGGUUUUUGAAAGGAAAGUCUUAAGGAAGAUUUUUGGACCUGUUAAAGACAGAGAAAUGGGAGAGAAGAGAAUAAGAAAAAAUGAUGAAUUGGAAAGGAUAUUCCGGAAAGAAAACAUCUUAAACGUAAUCAGAAAUCGAAAACUUCAAUGGGUUGGAUAUGUUAUGCAAAAACAAACCAUCUCAUAAGGAUGAUCAUGGACGAGAACCCAGUUGGUAAGAGACCACUGGGAAGACCACGAUUGAGGUGGGAAGAUGUGAUAAGAAAAGAUGUGGAAACCCUGGUGGAGGAUGGAAUUGAAAAACAAGAUCGAUGGAUAGGGAAGGAUGGAGGACUGGAUAUGUGA